AUGGUUAGAAAUUACAAAAGGAAGACAAAAAGAGGAAGUUAUGGAGCAGAAGGUUUACAACGGGCUUUAGAUUCAGUAAAAAAUGGUAUGUCUUUGCGUAAAGCUGAAAACAGUUUUGGAGUUUCAAGGAAGACAUUGAGAAGGCAUUUGAAGGGCAAAGUAAGACAAGUUGGGAGCAAUAAAUUAGGAAAUCAUGUGAAUACUUUUUCUAUCGAAAUUGAACAAGAUCUUGUUAAACAUAUCCAAAUGAUGGAAAGAGCAUUAUUUGGAUUAACUACGACGGAUAUCCGGCGGCUAGCGUUUGAUAUGGCCGAGCGACAUCACUUGAAGCAUUCAUUUAAUACUUCCUCCAGGCAAGCUGGCAAGGACUGGCUCAGUGGUUUUUUGAAGCGUCAUCCAGAAUUAACAAUUAGAAUUCCAGAGGCAACUAGUAUGAAUCAAGCAGUUGGAUUUAAUCGACCAAAAGUAGACCAGUUCUUUACCGUUUACGAAGAUAUACUUACAAAGAAUGCGUACGGACCUCAGUCAAUAUGGAAUAUGGAUGAAACUGGCAUCACAAAUGUCCAAAAGCCAGGAAAAGUGCUUGCCACAAAAGGUGUUAGACAAGUCGGUAAAAUAACUAGUGUGGAAAGAGGCACAACUGUUACAGUUAUAUGUGCAAUGAAUGCGAGUGGAUCGUACAUUCCUCCGAUGCUAAUUUUUUCUCGAUAA